AUGCGUGUCCGCCCAACAAAGUUGCGCGCGAUCGCUCUCCUCUGCGGCGUCGCUCUGUCCCCCACUGCCUCCAGCCACGAAGCGGUCGACGCGUCGUCGCUACUGUCGCUGCACGCGUCGGAUGAUCCGGCGCCAGUGUGGGCGCAGUACGAGCGCUAUCUGCUCUCGAAGACUCGUGCGACGCCUCUUUUGCUGCACUUUACGUCCGGCUCGACGUGCUACAGCGACAGUGGCGAUGCUGGAGACCCCAAAGACGAAGACGACCAGAAGAGGGACAUUGGCGCACUGGAAGAGCUCCGUGAAGCAGAUCAAAGGGCCUGUGAAGAGCACGAGAAGUCGGUCGAAGCGGCCGUGACGAGGGCAGCCGCGUCGUGGAGGGGGCCGCAGGUUUCUGUUGUUCGUGUGGACGUCCACGUGUGGCCAUCAAUGCUUUACUAUCACAUGGUGUCGUCGACGCCGUCUCUGCUGUGGAUUCCUGGACGCGCGUCCGGUCAUUUUCAGCGCUAUCCGCACGUUGAUACGAAUUUCCUCGACCUCAAUGCAAGUGCUCUACUUCUUUCGGCACCUUUUGGAGAAUCAGGUGGUACUGAGAUGGAGGACAAGGAACAAGUUGAGCAUGUGCAGCACGCGGAGAUGGUUGAGAACGCUGUCGCCAAUGAAGUUGCUGCUUUUGUGCGUCAGUGUCAAGAACGCAGUGGCUACCUUGUGCGCGAUGCGCGUGGGAAUCUUGUGCCAGCCACACCUGUGAGCUAUGACGACAGUACGUUUACAGGACUGGACAUGAUUCCUGUUGUUGCCUUUGUGGCGUUUGUGGUGUUCGUGGUGUACGAGAACAAAGAGUUCGUCGUUGGAGUGUUGCAGAUGCGAUGCUUCUGGUUCGUGCUAUGCUCAGGGAUCGUGUACGUUGCGUUCAGUGGGCUUUUCCACUCGGUGAUCCACCGCCGGCCGUGGUAUUACUUUGGUCAAAUGCACGGUCUUGUGUUUGUGUACCCGAGUUCUCGACAGCAAUUUGUGCUGGAAGGGUUAGUGAAUGGCACCUGGAGUUUCUGGCUGUCGUUGGGAGCCAUGAGCGUCUCGGACGUGUUUCCGACGUUGCGCUCACGCUUGGCCAGAGAGGAUAUUAUUCGAUGGUCGCUGCUGCUUGUGUCCGUGUCGUACAUGGCACUUUAUCUCGCGUACAGCAUAAAGUACAGGUGGAUGAUGAUGUGA